GUUCAAAUUUUCUCGAGUUUAUAUUUUUUUUAUUCUCAUGGAUAUUAUCCUUGUUGUGUUUAGUAUGUCUAAUAUAUUAUAUGAAAAUUUUUAUUUCGUCUUAAGGAGUUUCUUAUUUAAUCUUCCAUGAAACCUUGACUUAAAUGACUUAGUGGUAACUGGUAGACCAAUUUUCAUUGGAAGAAACUUGAGUGAGGGCAACAAAUAGUCCUUCAUGCUUGAAGAAUAUGAGAUCACUGAGACAAUUUUUGUUCUAGCUAGAAGAAUAACAACAUAAGCAUUACUAACUGAAUAAUGAGUUGGUGUAAUAUAAACAAAAGAAGAAACUUCGGACAUGAUCUUCAUGGACCCAGAAAACCUACAUAGAUCAGCAAUGAAAUGCAGCUUGAGUAUCAUGAAGAGAAGAUAUCUAAAAUGUGUCAGUAAAAUUUUUAAAGAAAUUGUUUGGGACCUUGGAUCUUAGAUUCAGCGAAAGGGAGAUCACAAAUGACACUUUCAAUAAGGUGAGACGGUUUUAGCAGAAUGGGAUGUCUGGAGGGGCAUGCGAUCGCGAAGCAUCAUUUUGCACUAUGAAAACCUCACAAGCUGAUUGUAGAAGUACAUUAUGAUUUGUUGGUCAAUAUGUCCACCGAAUUAGAAAAUAACAUGUUUGAAAAGGUAAGUAUAACAAUGAUGUUGAGAUAGAUGUUGUGACAUAAGAAAACAUAAAAUAGCAGAUGAUUGCACUAGUGAAAUCUUAAAGGUGAGUUGCCAAUCAAGGUGAAUUUGAAAAGAUUAAAGUUGUAGACUUGUCCAAAAGAGAUCAUCAAAUGUACUGAUGCUGGGGUGUGUUAAAUUACAUUAGAGGUGCUAGGAUAUGUUAAUGAAUGGUAAGGAGAUCAUAAAAUAAAUUGUCUGGCAACAUUUCCUUUUGAUAAAGGUUAAGGGUGCGAAAGAUCUAUAUAGCUGGCUAGAAGAGCUAGAAAUGAUGGCUUGUUGUUAUUGCUCAUUGUUUAUCAUGUAUGGGGAAGGUCGUGGCAACUGUUUAUUUUGACAAACAGCUCUCGUCUAAAUACCACUAGUUUUACAAAAAUACUGAACCUAGUCUCAUUUCAAUCAGUUGAUUUCUACAUCAUCUGUGCUACUAGAUGUUGAUCUGUUGAUGUUUCUUGGUCUCUGCCUGUAGCACCUGCAUGCUUUGAAUGAUUGCUCUUACACACUCUGAACCUCACCCAGGCAUUUCUGCUCUGUGAACUGCUCCUAACCAUCUUUCUUGAUUUCACACCUAGUAUUUGAAGCAUGCUUACUGUUUCAAGCUUUCGUCAUGCAGAUAGAAGCAAAUCAUGUACAAACCAAAGUGAAAGCGAUUACUGCCUACUUUGGUGAUAUUGCGGCAGGAUCAUCUGGAUUAUCGAAGAUCUGUUCUGGUGUAACUUCAUGAGGUUCCGGCUAUCUCUUCAAAUCUGCUUCCAACUCUACACUGGUGGUUGGUUUUUCCCCUUCAUCUACCAAGAAUGCCUCCAUGGCUGAAGCUUUGGCUCUUUUGGAAGGUCUCCCGCAUGUCCUGGAGCACCAUUGAACUAACUUGUGCAGUCCAACUCUGAAUGCCUCGUAAAUUACAUCAACGAUGCCUCUCCCACCCCUUCGUUUUUUAGGGCCAUCAACUUCAACUUCGUUUACAGAUCCUCUAAUAUUAUAGUUCAUCAGCUAGCUUACUUGGGAAAACCACUGGUUGUAUGGAACACGAGGUUGUUCCACAUUAGUUAACCAAAGCUACCAGAGCAGAGGAAGCAUAUCUUUGGCAACAAAAAAGAGUGUCGAUUUUGAAUUAGUAGAUUUACUGCCCUUAAAAGUAAGUUUUCUUGGUUAUGGUUGAUGCCAACUUGGACCAUGGACUCUGAGCCACAUGAACUCAGGCGGCCUCUUCAGAACAUCAAGAACAAUGUUCAUUCACCUCAUUUAAUGUUAGCUUUUGAGUAAUUUAAUAUUUUGCAGAGAUAUCUUUUUAGCUGGAGUUAAGACUCGUUCUUUGUACGUUCCAGAACACAAAUGUUAUAAUUAUUUGGUUAAGCUGCUGUGAGCAAUGGCGAAGAAUACAUCUCUCUACGGUUCUCUAGAUUCGUGUACGUAUUUGAUUUUGUGUAUCCCCCAAUUAUCGUACUGGAAUCCGUAACCUUUUUAAACCUGGAUAGGGAAAGGUCGGUGGUUCGACUUGCAUUAGAAGUUGGGUUUGUUCCUAUUUCUAUUCUAGCCUGAUUUAGUUCCGAUUUAAACCAGUGGUCAAGACUAAUACAUUAUUAGCGAUAGCAAAAACAAGUUCUACACAAGUUGGGAACUACUCCGACCGAUGCGUGUCGGUGAAGGUUGCCCACUAUGUAUCAGUUGCCUCGUGCGACUACAAAUGAAAUUAUUAGCCACUUCGCUUGACUACUGUUCAUCUUUGUGUGUUUCUACUCUGCUGUCGUUCGUGCAGGCUUCAUUAGUUUAGGCAUCAGUCACCCGAGUUCACCUCAUGCCGAUCAGUAUUCUAUCUUUAUUUCUGAAACAAACUAACAGUCUAAUAUCUUUGAUGAUUUUGAUGCCUAAUGUAUAGUUUGGUGUGUUGCUUUGCUGAAAAGUUCAGCCUGUUGAAGUGGCCUCGGUCUUAGGAGGGUCCCACAUUUUUUCAAUCAAAAUGCGGGUAGAACGGUGGGGAAAGUACCACGGUGCCCUGUUUCGUACGCCUCGGGGCGGGGGACGGGAGGGUCGGUUUUCCCGUUCCUACAAUUAUAACGGCGCCUAUGCAUUGACCCGUCUUCGUCUCUCGUAAAUUCAUGGUGCCGAUGGGGGUCCCACAUGUCGCUUUCACAAACGGGAGGACGGUCUCCGCGCGCCACCGUCAUCGACGAAAGCGUCCGAUUGGAAGUCACAAGGAGGUCCCCAGGUCGGGUCCCACAUGGCGAGACCGGCGCAGCACCGGCGAGUAGGAAGAGGUUGAUUGCUCGGUUCCAAAUCCCGAUCUCUUCUUAAAUGCUCGCUCUCCCUAUUGUUUCCCGCCCACGACGCCCACCUUUUUUUCCCCUCUCGCCCCUCGUUCUUUUCACACCCCUCUCUCUCUCUCUCUCGAACAAAGAGAAGACGAAGACGAUAAUAAAAGAAACCCGGCGGGGAAUGAACCCCAGGGUUCAAACCCCUUCGUUCCCUUGCGUCUAUUCGUCCCCCUUCGUCGAUCCCGAAUCCUAGAUUCCUCGGGGUGCUUGCCAUGCCGGAUCUCGGCAACCUCCUGCUUCCCCUCCCCGCGGCGCACCCCCCGCACCGCGGCGACCCUUCCUCCUCCUCCUCCACCUCUUCCUCCCCCCGUCACGAGAUCCUAGAUGCAGGGGAUGCCGGCCUCGACCGCAAGUGUAGCCGCCCGUUCAAGCAGGAGCGCAAGACAGGGAAGAAGGCAGCCGAUGGAAAGGCCUCGCUAGCCGAUCACGUGAGCGCUUGGAGGGAGAAGAAGAUGGCUGCCGGGGUUCCCGACAGGGAGUGCUUCUUGCCUUUCCUCACUAAUGCUCCAAGAAUGGUUGAUUGCCACAUCUGCAAUAGGUGUAUCUACCCUGGAGAAGAAUUGCGAUGCUCAGUUCUUGGUUGUCAAGAAGCUUACCAUUUGACAUGUGCCAAGAAGCUGAUUGGACCCUCCACUUCAAAACCUUUCAAGUGCCCUCAACAUGGCUGUUUUGUUUGCAAGCAGAAAGCAUAUUGGCGAUGUGUAAGAUGCACAAUGGCAGCACAUACCAAGUGUGCACCAUGGCCAGCAAAUGUCAUUUACUUCAAAAAUCGACCAGGGAGAGCCAUUUGCUGGAGACAUUCUUCUGAUUGGCGUCUUGAAAAGAAGCAUGCAGAUCUUAUAAGUGAUGUUGAGGAAGCAUUUGUCCGCUUGCCUCUUCCAUAUGUUGAUGAAGAGUUUAAGAUGGGAACCAUCUUGAAAGAUGUUGUGGAGAACAAGACUGAGCCAGCUCCAUAUGUACAUAUCCGACGUAAUGUUUACUUAAUUAAGAAGAAGCGUGAUGGUGCUGAGACUGGUGUCGGAUGCAGUAACUGCGGCAGUAAUUCCACAUGUAAGGAGAAUUGUGAAUGCAGGGGCCUUUCAGUGAGCUGUUCCAAGGCCUGUCGUUGUUCUGAUAUGUGCAGAAACAGACCCUUCCGCAAAGAGAAAAAGAUUAAAGUUGUUAAGACUGAAUAUUGUGGAUGGGGAGUUGUGGCUUUGGAAGUUAUGGAAAAGGGAGACUUUGUGAUAGAAUAUAUUGGAGAAGUUAUUGAUGAUGCUUUGUGCGAACAAAGGCUGUGGGAUAUGAAACAUCGAGGCGAUCAGAACUUCUACAUGUGUGAAAUACAUAAAGACUUCACAAUUGAUGCAACUUUCAAAGGGAAUGCUUCUAGAUUUCUAAACCACAAUUGUGAUCCAAAUUGUAAACUAGAGAAGUGGCAAGUCGAUGGGGAGACACGUGUUGGUGUUUUUGCGUUACGUUCAGUAGACAUUGGGGAGCCUUUAACGUAUGAUUACAGAUUUGUGCACUUUGGACCAAUGGUUAAAUGCCAAUGUGGAGCUUCCAAAUGCCAAGGAUAUCUGGGUAGCAAGAGAAAGUUAAACCAGAUGCCAUCCUCCUGGGGAUGUAAAAGAAAGAGAUCUAUUACCCUUCAUGGUGCCAAGUAAAUAUCAUUCAUUUUCAAGUACUAUUUGUGAUUUGUUCAAUUUUUCCUAGCUUUGGGCAGCAAAAUCUGGCACCCUUGCCUCCUGUGCUGCUUCUUUGUGUUUAAUUUGUGUCCCACUUUUAUAUGCUUCUCGUGACCUGCCAUCGCCUCCCAUUUGACCUAUUGUUGUUGUAGCAUAUGUUGUUACAUUUCUACCCUUGUUGGUCUCGGUAUAAUUGUAUUCGGUAUAAUUGUAUUCAGUAUGAUCUGUUAUAUGAAAUAGACAUUAAACAA